UGCCAUUAAAAGAAUAAUUUGAAAUUCGUCAGACGCGAAACCCGACAGUGGAGUUUUGUCCAGUCGACCGAAGCAAUGGAGGCGGCGGCAGGAGCGAGGUGUAGGUGGAGGAUGAGGUCGGAGGAGGAUAUGGCGGCGGCGACGGAAGAGGCAACAAGGCCCAGUCUACAGGAGUGCUAAUCCACGAGGAGAAGAAGAAUGGAAAUUUUAAACCCUAAUUGUAUUUCGGGUGGACUCUCUCUAAACCGACCCGACUUUUUUUCCCCCUAUUUGCGAUAUUGAGGCGCUGAAGAAGAGAACAGGGUGGAUGACAACGCAAGUACCGAUCUCAGAUCGAAGUUCUGAAGCCUACCUUCUCUACUUCCUCAGAAGUUAAUUGGCAAACUGGAGCUGGUAAAGUUGCUUCAUGGUUACAGAAAGGUCACAUGCGUUUGGAAAGGGAAUAUCACAUGGAUAAUACUAGUUAUGUGGAUUCAGUUGUUGCAUAUUUCUUCCAACCGUUCUUUCAUUUGUAUAAAACCCUUUUCCAUAGCACAUCACCUUCUAGAACAAUUCAGCACCUUUACAUCUCUUAGUAGAUAUAGAAAUGUAAAAGACAAGGGAGUUGACAAGGCUUUGAAAGUUUUGGAUUCAGUUAUCCCCAGAACCAGUGAUGUUCAAGGUAAGUCAGGCCUUCAUCAACUGAUAAAUGGUUGCAUGCAUGAUCUUCUCAAUUUUGAUCAACAGAAUUGCUUCAAAUCUGUUAAGAAGAGUGCAAGAACUAAUUUGUUCUAUAAAGUCAAAGAUAUAGUUGAAACGAGUCGUCACAAAGAAUCCUUGUUAUAUACUAGAACAAAUAACAAAAUAAAGGAAGAUGCUCUUUUGUCAUUUUUCAAAUUGCACAAUAGAGGGAUAGAGUUGGAUUUUCCCACCAUUUCUUUCAUCAUUAGUUCUUGUGCUUCCUCUGGGGCUUUUGGCACUGGAGUCCAGCUUCAUGCUCUCUCAAUUAAAAAUGGUUGUGAGAUUUCUUUGACCACAGGGAGCUCAUUGAUCAGCCUAUAUUCCAAGCUUGGGCAGUUGCAAGAUGCUUAUUAUAUUUUUCAAAUGAUGCCUGUCAGAAAUAUUGUAACUUGGACUGCUAUAAUUGCAGGUUAUGCACAGUACCAGGAGGUCGAGACAUGUUUGCAACUAUUUUCUUCAAUGAGACAAGCAAUGAUAGAACCAAAUGACAUCACAUUUCUAUGCAUCUUGAGUUCAUGCACCACUACUGCAUAUCUUGGGUUUGGAAGGAGUGUUCACUCUUUAGAACUUAAAAUGGGUUUUGGUUCUUAUACUCAUGUUUCUAAUGCAUUGAUCUCGAUGUAUGCUAAAUGUGGUAGCAUCAAUGAAUCUCAUUUUGUCUUUGAGAAUAUGCAAUUCAGAGAUCAAAUCUCAUGGAACUCCAUGCUUUCAGGAUUCUCACAACACGGGCUUGCUGAUACAGCCAUAGAUUUGCUGAAUCAGAUGUAUGCACAGAAUGCAACACCUGAUGCUAUUUCUUAUUUAUGCGUUCUUUCCUCAUGUCGGCAUGCAGGACUCAUGGAGAAAGGACAACUUUGCUUUGACCUAAUGCUUAAACAUGGGGUAAGUCCAGAAUUAGAUCACUACUCAUGCAUUGUUGAUCUUCUUGGCCGUGCAGGGUUGUUGGAAGAAGCAUUGGAUGUCAUCAAGAAAAUGCCUAUGCGUCCGAAUGCUGUUAUAUGGGGUUCAUUGCUGUCAUCAUGUAGGGUUCAUAGAAAUGUCUGGAUAGGUAUCCAUGCUGCUGAAAAUAGGCUUUCGCUAGAACCACAAUGUGCCGCAACUUAUCUUCAGUUAGCAAAUCUUUAUGCAAGUGCAGGGUAUUGGAAUCAUUCAGCAAAAGUUCGAAAGUUGAUGAAGGAGAGGGGGUUGAGAGCGAGCACCGCAUAUGCCUGGAUUGAAAUUGGGGGCAAGGUCUAUAAGUUUAAAACAGAUGGUUCAGACAAUCAGUUUAAUGAGAUAUUGACAAUUUUGGAUUGUUUAGCAUGCCAUAUGGAACUCUUUGAGUGUCCUGAUGAUGAGAAUUUCAUUCUUUGAAUAUGAAUAGCUAUGCCAUGGAGAAGUUCAAUAUGCAUCUCAUUUAUACUCUAAGAUUGAGGCUUUGUGGCUACAACAACCUUCCCAUGCAAGGAAAGUCUAUGCAUCUUUGGGUUACACUUUGGUUGAUCUACUAGAACCUAUUCUUCAAGGUUCAAAGAAAUCUAAAAGCAGGAUGGUCGCAUAUGCUAGGUAAAAAAGCUUCUUGCACGAGCUGAUUCGGCAUACAUUGCAUUGCGCUAGGUUUUAUUUUAUUUUAUUUUUUUGGAUAAUUUAGGUAUUUAAUUUUUUGAACCGAUUAAUUUUGGAGAUGAUCGAUUUUGUCCUAUGAAAAUAUUCUAUUGGCAAAGUUGCUUUGAUCAAUUUAACACAGGAUUUAAGUUAUGUUUUAAAAAAAAUAAA